UUGUUGUUCGAGCCAGACGAGUGAACCGUCAGCAGCAGCAGCAGCACUUAGCACUUUGCAGUUAGCAGUUAGAAGAAGCGAAGCCAAGCUGCCCAGUGCAACGAAGUGAUUUAUAAAUAGCCAAGAAACAAACAGUGAUCAGUGCAGUGUGUGAUCCGGAGCCAAGACUAUUUGGAUUAUUUGGAUACCGCCAGGCGAUCGCCCCCAGAAUGCACAUGCCGUCGUCGACAGUGCUCCUAGUCCUGGCAGUGGCCACAGUUCUGUGGUCCAGCUGCGCGGAAGGAGCCGCCACCGGAGCGCCAUCGACCACGGCCACCACUGCCAAGCCCAAGGGAUUCGAGGCACGAUCGCUGGAUGUGAACGCCAGCGGCGGCGAGGAGGAGCUGGACGACUUCGAGACGCAGGCCCAGACCCAUCUGGCCUAUCGCCAGCAGCCGCAGCAGCAGCAGCAUCGCCAGGUCUAUGAGUACAGCGAGGAGGAUCAGGAGGAGGCACCGCGCCAGGUGUACGCCAACCGAAAUGCCAAGCAGCAGAGCAACUAUUUGAAGAUCCAGGGCCAGCUGAAGAAGCCGCUGAGCGAGGAGAGCGAGGAGGAGGAGGAGGAGGUGGAGGAGCCCGAUCGUCUGUCCACACUGCUCAGCAAGUCAUCCUUCAGCUGCACGGACAGGAACUCCGGAUACUAUGCCGACGAAUCGCUGAGCUGCGAAGUGUUCCACUACUGCCAGGAGAGCCAGAAGCACUCGUGGAUCUGCCCCGAGGGCUUCACCUUCCACCAGAUCCAUCUGAUCUGCAUGCCGCCCUCGCACGACAACAUCUGCAAACAGUCCUCCAAGUACCACAUUGUGAACGACUACCUGUACAAGCCCAUCAAUCUGCAGGAGCACCAGAGCAAGCCCAAUGUUACGCUGCGCUACUCGGAGCGCUACUUCCCGGAGAACUACUACGAACACGAGCGUUACGACGACGAGGAGGAGGAGGAGCUGCCCGCCGCCCCAAGGCCACGAAUCCAGCAACAGCAGCAGCAGCAGCAACACCAUCACCAGCAACAGCAACAGCCCCAGCAGCAGCAACAUCGCCAAGUGGUGGCCUACCAGCAGCCGCAGGUUAGGGUACAAUAUCAACAGCCCCAGCAGCACCAGCAGCAGGCCCAGCCGCAGGCACAAGUGGUGACGCAGAUCCGCCACCAGCCGCAGCCGCAGCCUCAGCCCACAACACUGGCCUACCGGAAGCCACUGCCGGCGACCACAGUGCAGCCGCAAUUGCAGUUGCAUCAGCUGCACCAGCCCCAGUUGCAGCUGCAUCAGCAAAGGCCACAGACAUUGGCGCCGACCGUGACGCCAGCGCCGUACCGCUUCUUCACCACCGCUCCCCAGCUGCAGCACUUGCAGCAGCAACAUCAUCAGCAGCAGCAGCAGCAGCAGGUCUUCCGCACGCCCGAGGAGAUCAACAUCUCGCUGCAGCAGCGCCGACCGCAGGUGUUCAUUGCCACAACGCCAAGGUAUUACGAGGACGAGUACCUAUACGAGCGGAGGAAGUGAGGCAGUGCGGAGGAUGGCCCAGUGGAGGAGUGAGCAGAAAAACAGUCUUGUCGUUCCCUCGGAUCCACUCACCUCUCGUGUACAUUCCCCAUUCCCCAUCUAAGUAGCUUUAAGCGCUCUCGCCCCAGCUCUCUGUGUCAGGCCCGUAAAUCCUUGCGCGAGUUUCGUGUACCUAUUUGUAAUAUUUAAUGUCCUGCUAGAAGAAUCCGCCUUCUAACUCAAUUCGUUAAUAAAGGAAGCCACAUUAAGUUA